ACACACUAGCAGCUGCAGUAGAUCCAAAAGCUAAAGCUCCAGAUUUCUAAGCUCCAGAUCUCUCUCUCUCUCUCUCUCUCUCUCUCUCUCUCUUCUUGGAGUGAAAAUAGGGAGAAAAUGGCGUGGAAGAUCCAUUCCAUUCCCUUCCUCCUCCCUCUCUUUCUCUCCUUCUCUCUCAUUCCCACCGACGCCUCCGUACACGACUACUCGGGUACGAGAUUCAUGAGCAAGGGCAACGCUUUCGUCGUCCAUGGCGGCAGCGAAGGCCUCUACGCCGCCUCCAUUUCUACGCACAACAGAAGUUCCGCGGCGGGCAAUGGCGAUUCUUAUAUACGUUUUGAAAAGGUUACAUUCCGACGGACUAAGGAAGCUGCAGACUCAAAUAAAGAUACCAACUCUGCGUUGGUACAAGCCAUCAUUUUUGAGGUCGAAGAUCGAGAGAUGGUCGGUGGUUCAGCCUACGGUGGUCAAAGAGCUGUUUGCUGCUCGUCGGAUCUUGCAAAAUUAGGUGCUUGCAACCAAGGUGAGGUCAUCUAUCGCCCCUCUACUACGAAUCCUGACUGGCCACAAGUGUUUGGUGUUUCUUUCAAGAGAGGCGACCUUGUUGCAACUUUGGAGUCAAAAUAUAUACAAAUUUCAAAGUCUGGGAUGUAUAACCUUUAUUUUAUUCAUUGCGAUCCAACCCUUAAGGAGCUGGUUAUGGAGGGAAAGACUAUUUGGAAAAACCCCACUGGCUAUCUACCAGGGAGGAUGGCCCCACUUAUGAAUUUCUAUGGAUUCAUGUCCCUUGCUUUUGUGAUACUUGGAAUCUUCUGGUUUUCUCAGUAUGCACGAUUUUGGAGAGAGGUUCUUCAACUGCAAAACUGCAUAACCCUAGUAAUUGCCUUGGGUAUGUUUGAAAUGGCAUUAUGGUACUUCGAGUAUGCUGAAUUCAACAAUACUGGAGUAAGACCUACUGGAAUUACUAUAUGGGCAGUGACAUUUGGUACUGUUAAACGAACGGUUUCACGUGUUAUCAUCCUUAUGGUUUCUAUGGGGUACGGUGUGGUGAGGCCUACACUAGGUGGUCUUACUUCGAAGGUGCUUUUGCUUGGAGCUACAUUUUUUCUGGCAUCCGAGGUGCUUGAACUGGUAGAGAAUGUCGGCGCUGUAAGUGAUCUUUCCGGAAAGGCAAGAUUGUUCUUGGUUCUUCCAGUGGCAAUCCUUGAUGCAUUCUUCAUUCUUUGGAUAUUCACCUCCCUCUCCAAAACGCUGGAUAAGCUUCAGGCAAGAAGGAUGAUGGCCAAGCUAGACAUCUACAGGAAGUUCACAAAUGCAUUGGGGGUGGCAGUUAUUGUAUCAGCGGGUUGGAUUUGCUAUGAGCUUUAUUUCAAGGCGAAUGAUGUGUACAAUGAACGGUGGCAGAGUGCUUGGAUCAUCCCUGCCUUUUGGCAAGUUCUCUCCUUCUCUCUUCUCUGUGUCAUCUGUGCGCUCUGGGCACCCUCUCAGAAUUCAAUGAGAUACGCAUUCUCGGAGGAUGCAAGUGAAGAGUUCGAAGACAAAGCAGAAACUCUAACGCUGAUAAAGCCAGCGCCAUUCCCAUCCAACAAUGUGCAGAGUACGACGGAAACCAGAAUGGCCCGCGGUGGUGAUCCCAUCUCAUUGAAUGGGGAUUCUGAAGAAGACAAGAGGGAGUAGCGAGCUUGUGCUUGCUGGCAUUGUCAUUUAAUGUGAGCCAUUUGGAUGGAUGAGGAUGCCCCUGGCCCACUGAUACUGCAUUAUGUUGGGCAGAUUUUGAUCUUGGCAAAUGCAUGUGGAGUGGGGCCCUGCCAAGGGGUUUCUCAGUUCAUGUCUCUGUAUGUUCAUUAAUAGCAAGCGCACAGGAGAAUAACAUUAGAUGGGUUGUUGUUUUGGCCAAUGUGAAAUCAUUUGAAUGGUUGAUUUUGUA